AUGUCGUACUCGCCUAUCGCAGCCGACUCGGACACGGACGACGCCAUCCAGCUGCGCGCGCUCGCCGGCCCCUCUCGUCCUCAUCUCCCCACCUCGUCCUCCUCCCUCCGACCCGAACCCGUCUCGCCCGAGCAGCUGCGGCGCAGCCCGUCGCCUCGACAUGUACGGCCGCCUGGCUACGAGGCCGAGAGCGACGACGACGAGGAGAUCCAGCAGCUCAUGGACGACCUCGACAGCUCGACGGCCGACGAGGCGGCGAGGCGGGGCAAGCGCGGGACCGAGGGGCAGGACGACGAGGACGAGGCGAGGUUCAGGGAGGACGAGAUAGACAGCGCGGUGGCUAUCGUGCGCAAGGUGGUGCCAGAGUCGGACGACCCGUCUCUUCCCGGGUUGACGCCUCGCGUGUUCAUCCUCGGGACGGUCCUGUGCGUGUUUGGCGCCUCGGUCUCGCAGAUCUUCUUCUUCAAGAGCAACGCUCCGUCCUUCUCGUCCUUCUUCAUCAUCCUCCUGUCGUUCCCGCUCGGCCGUCUCUCGGACCGCUUCUUUCCGGAGCGACUCGUGCCCGGCCCGUUCGGCAAGAAGGAGCAUCUCCUCGUGGCCAUCCUCGCAGGCUCGGGCGCCAACGCGGCGUACGCCGGCGAGAUCAUUGCCGUCCAGUCGCUGUACUACAAGACGGACCUCGGCAUGUUCGGCGGUCUACUUCUGCUGCUCAGCACGCAGCUCAUCGGGUUCGGCUUGAGCGGGUUGACCUACAAGCUCCUCGUCCGGCCGACCGUCAUGGUCUGGCCCUCGCAGCUCGUCACGGUCGCCCUGUACGUGACGCUGCACGGUGGCGCCAAGGAGCUGCAGCAGCAGACGCGCGACCGCAUGCGCUUCUUCCUCAUCGCCUUCGUCGCCAUCUUCGUGUGGCAGUUCCUCCCGGCGGUCGCGUUCCCGACCUUGACGAGCAUCGCGACGCUCUGCAUCAUCGACAAUCGCAGCUGGAUCCUGCGCACGCUCGGCUCGGGCUACGACGGCUUCGGGUUCUUCAACUUUUCGCUCGACUGGUCCGUCAUCGGCGGCACGGGCGCCCUGUACACGCCCUUCUUCGCGCAGAGCUCGUACUUUGCGGGCCUCGCCCUCAACCUCUGGGUCAUCUUCCCGAUCCUGUACUUUGGCUUCAACCUGUGGGACGCCCAGUCGUUCGACUCGCCUCUCGCAGCUCACCUCUACAACUCGACAUUCGGCCGUCUCGACGUCCUCGAGAUCCUCGAUCCCGAUCUGUCGCUCAACGAGGACAAGUACGCCGAGGUCGGCCCACUGCGCCUCACGCCAUUCUUCGCCCUGUCGUACGGUGUCAGCUUCGCCGUCCUUACGAGCGCCCUCGUCACGGUCGGUCUUUGGCACUGGGGCGACAUCAAGGCGGCGCUGUGGGCCAAAAAGGACGCUCGGGCCGACAUCCACGUCGAGAUGCUCGAGCGCUCGUACGAGCCGGUGCCGCCGUCAUACUACGCCGCCAUCUUUGGCGUCAACCUCGUCGCGGCCAUGGUCCUCCUCACGUUCUACCCGCUCCAGCUCCCGAUCUGGGGCCUCUUCCUCGCCAUCGCCAUCGCCAUCGUCUUCCUCGUGCCAGUCGGCAUCAUCGCGGCCAUCACCAAUACGGUGCUCGGCCUCAACGUCAUCACCGAGUUUGUCGCCGGCUGGAUCUGGCCGGGCAAGCCACUCGCGAACGUCACGUUCAAGUGCAUGGGCUACAUGUGCAUGCUCCAAAGUCUCGACCUCUCGGCAGACCAGAAACUCGGCCUCUACAUGAAGAUCCCGCCCAAGCACCUGUUCAUCAGUCAGUGCUACGGCACGGCGCUCGGCUCGGUCGUCAACUUCCUCCUCAUCCAGGGCGUCAUCGCCGCCAAGCGCCCUUACCUCGACGGCACCCUCAACGACCCGACGCAGCAGUGGAGCGGCCGGAAACCCGAGAUCUUCUUCACCGCCAGCAUCAUCUUUGGCGCCAUCAGCCCGAGCAAGUUCUUCGACGGGCAGUACCACGUCCUGUACUGGGGCUUCCUCGCCGGCGCCGUCCUCCCGCUCGUGCCCUGGCUCGUGUACAAGCGCACGGGCAACAAGUUCUGGCGGCAGAUCAGCGUCCCGCUCGUCCUCCACGGCUCGAUCGGCCCGCCGCAGACGCCCAUGAACGUCCUCAUCCCGGGCUUCAUCGUCUCGUGGCUCAGCCAGUACUGGGCCUUGCGGUACCGCCCUCGCUGGUUUGAGAAGUACUGCUACGUCCUCUCGAGCGCGCUCGACGCCGGCACGUCGAUCAACGCGCUCACGAUCUACGUCCUCGGGCUCGGCAGCUUCUGGGCGUGGUGGGGCAACUCGAACGUCGACGCCGAGCACUGUGCGCCUGGGUCGUGAGCGUCGCGCUUGUACUUUGUGUAGUCGGUCGAGGGAGGGCAA